AUGCGAGAGGUCAAAGGUCAGCAUAGCGAGUUCCGCUUCCGGUUCCGGGAUCUUGUUUGUUGUCAGAAAAGGUUCGUGGUUUCAGUGAGCUCUCGGAGCAGAUCUAACGUCAGUGCGGAGGGCCAGGUGUCCCGAGGUCCGCUGCAGACAUGGCGGCCUCUACUGCGGCCGGGAAACAGCGGAUUCCCAAAGUGGCCAAGGUGAAAAACAAAGCCCCAGCUGAGGUACAGAUAACUGCUGAACAGCUCUUAAGAGAGGCUAAAGAAAGAGAACUUGAGCUUCUUCCACCUCCACCUCAACAAAAGAUCACAGAUGAAGAAGAAUUAAAUGAUUAUAAACUAAGGAAAAGGAAGACUUUUGAAGAUAACAUAAGAAAAAACAGGACUGUGAUUAGUAACUGGAUAAAAUACGCACAAUGGGAAGAAAGCCUAAAGGAGAUUCAAAGGGCUCGAUCCAUAUACGAGCGUGCUUUAGAUGUAGACUAUCGAAACAUUACACUCUGGCUGAAAUACGCAGAAAUGGAAAUGAAGAAUCGCCAAGUCAACCACGCACGAAAUAUCUGGGACCGGGCCAUAACAACGCUGCCUCGAGUCAAUCAGUUCUGGUACAAGUACACGUACAUGGAGGAAAUGUUGGGAAACAUCGCCGGUGCCCGGCAGGUGUUUGAGCGCUGGAUGGAGUGGCAGCCCGAGGAGCAAGCCUGGCACUCCUACAUCAACUUUGAGCUGCGAUACAAAGAGGUGGAUCGGGCCCGCACCAUUUAUGAGCGAUUUGUCCUCGUGCACCCCGAUGUUAAGAACUGGAUCAAGUAUGCCCGCUUUGAAGAAAAACACGCUUAUUUUGCUCACGCACGGAAAGUGUAUGAGAGAGCUGUGGAAUUCUUUGGCGAUGAACAUAUGGAUGAGCACCUUUAUGUUGCCUUUGCCAAGUUUGAAGAAAAUCAGAAAGAGUUUGAAAGGGUACGAGUGAUUUACAAGUAUGCCCUGGACAGAAUUUCAAAACAAGAUGCCCAAGAACUCUUUAAAAAUUACACCAUCUUUGAGAAGAAGUUUGGUGAUAGGCGGGGUAUUGAAGAUAUCAUUGUGAGCAAACGGAGAUUCCAGUACGAAGAAGAAGUGAAGGCGAAUCCACACAAUUAUGAUGCAUGGUUUGAUUACUUGCGCUUGGUGGAAAGUGACGCAGAAGCUGAAGCUGUACGAGAAGUCUACGAAAGGGCCAUUGCCAACGUCCCACCCAUUCAGGAGAAGAGGCACUGGAAGCGCUACAUUUAUCUUUGGAUCAACUAUGCACUCUAUGAAGAAUUGGAGGCAAAGGAUCCUGAGAGGACAAGACAGGUGUAUCAAGCCUCUUUGGAACUAAUUCCUCACAAAAAGUUCACAUUUGCCAAAAUGUGGAUACUCUAUGCACAGUUUGAAAUACGACAGAAAAAUCUGUCAUUAGCCAGAAGAGCAUUGGGAACUUCCAUAGGCAAAUGUCCAAAGAACAAAUUAUUUAAAGUUUACAUAGAAUUGGAGCUACAGCUUCGAGAAUUUGACAGAUGCCGGAAGCUUUAUGAAAAGUUCCUGGAAUUUGGACCUGAAAAUUGUACCUCAUGGAUUAAAUUUGCUGAAUUAGAGACAAUCCUUGGUGAUAUUGAUAGAGCACGGGCAAUCUAUGAAUUAGCUAUCAGUCAGCCACGUUUAGACAUGCCAGAGGUGCUUUGGAAAUCGUAUAUUGAUUUUGAAAUUGAGCAGGAAGAAACGGAAAGAACACGAAACCUUUACCGACGGUUGCUUCAACGGACACAGCAUGUCAAGGUAUGGAUCAGCUUUGCUCAGUUUGAGUUGUCUUCAGGAAAAGAAGGAAGUUUGGCUAAAUGCAGACAAAUUUAUGAAGAAGCCAACAAAAGCAUGCGAAACUGUGAAGAAAAGGAAGAGAGACUUAUGCUGCUGGAAUCUUGGCGAAGCUUUGAAGAAGAAUUUGGAACAGCAUCAGAUAAGGAGAGAGUAGACAAACUCAUGCCAGAGAAAGUCAAGAAGAGAAGAAAGGUGCAGGCUGACGAUGGGUCUGAUGCAGGCUGGGAAGAAUACUUUGAUUACAUCUUUCCAGAAGAUGCUGCCAACCAACCUAACCUCAAACUCUUGGCCAUGGCCAAACUAUGGAAGAAACAGCAGCAGGAAAAGGAGGAUGCUGAACACAGCCCAGAUGAGGAUGUCGAUGAGACUGAAUCCUGAUCUUUUUUCCAUAUUGACAAAUGUUUUGUUAUUUUUAUAAAUUAAUUGUUUGGAA